UAGCAGACGGAAGAAGCAAGAUGGCGGUGUUCCGUACAGAUCCGUGCGGGAUCAUCUGUAUAAUCAUCACUUACGCCGCCGUUUUCUACGCGGAUUACGUCGUUGUCCGACACUUGGCGAUCCCCACCAUGACUUCCAACCUUUGGGGAGCCUUUCACGUGGUUCUGUUCAAUAUUGUCGUGUUUCUUUUGACUCUGGCGCACCUGCGAGCGGUGUUUUCGGACCCGGGGAUCGUGCCCCUCCCUGCCAACAACAUUGACUUCUCGGACGUUCGCGCGGCGGGCAAGAGAAAACUGUCGGAAAAGGAGGAAGAUUGGACGGUGUGCGCUCGCUGCGACGCCUACCGCCCGCCCAGGGCCCACCACUGUAAGAUUUGCCGGCGGUGUAUCCGCCGUAUGGACCACCACUGCCCUUGGAUUAAUAACUGUGUGGGCGAGCUGAAUCAGAAAUUCUUCAUCCAGUUCCUCUUUUACACCGGUUUGGCGUGCUGCUACGCGCUCAUGUUGGUGAUAGUCUCCUGGGUGAUUGAGUGUACGGGAGCCGGGUGUAAGAUCGACCACCAGGGGAGACAAACGCGCAUCGUGCACUCUGUCAUCCUCACGGUAGAGGCGAUUCUGUUCGGGUUGUUCGUGUCAGCCAUCAUGUGCGACCAGUUGUCUGCCAUCUUCACGGACGAGACGGCGGUGGAACAGAUUCAGAAGCGCGGCAGGGAGAGAGAGCGCCCUCGGAAACCCAAGAUGGCGCUCCUGGCCGAGGUCUUCGGCCGAGGGAACUCGGUCCUCUGGCUCUGCCCCUGCCAGGCCGCGCCCGACCCGCAGACCAUCAGUAACCCGCAGGAGUAUGAUGUAUAAUGAACGGUCCCGCGGGGGUAAGACGUUAUAAUGGACAAUGGACAGUCCCCCAGGAGUAUACUGAACAGUCCCUCAACACUAUGAUGUAUAAAGAACGGUAUCAUGGACAGCCCUCAGCAGUAUGAGGUAUAAUGAACAGUCCCUAAGCUGUAUGAUGUACAUGUAUAAUGAACAGUCCCUAAGCUGUAUGAUGUACAUGUAUAAUGAACAGUCCCUGCGUAUAAUGAACAGUCCCACAGGAGUAUAUAUAUGACAUAUUUCUUCUCAUUUUAACUGUCCCAAAUGUCAACAAACGAACAAUAUAAAACGAACUGUCCAGCAUUAGCGUGAUGCAAAAUGAACAGUCCCUGGGAGUGCUUGUGUGACAUACAAGGGUAGUCUGGCAGGAAUAUGAUAUAGAACAGACCACUCAACGAGAUUACAUCUGCAUAUAUCGGCUUAACAGGCUCUGCCCAUGACUUGCAGUUGUACUGUUGCUUUUAGAGCCAUCAUCAAUGUGCAACAAUGUCACGCACAUGUUUUUCCAUAGUACGUUGAUGUAGUCUCCAUAGCAUGCCAAAAACUGGGGGUUUUGGGUA